AGGUUUGCGUCGGGGCCUUGUAAUCUUCAGUCGCUUGCCCUCAUAAACAAGCCUGGGUGGAUUUUUAUACGUUGAGGGUUUAGGAAGCUGGACCUCCCGUGACUACAUAUUGAGGAAACAUACCGGGAUCGCUGUGGAUCCCACAGUAACCAGUCAUGACGGAGAUAGAACAGUUCCACCAGGGAGUCCGGUGGGAGACCGGCCAGGAGGCAGAUGAUUUUGAUGGGGGAAAUAGCUCAGCCCGCUUGUUUGAAAGGUCGAGGAUCAAGGCACUUGCAGAUGAGCGUGAGGCUGUGCAGAAGAAAACUUUCCUAAAAUGGGUGAACUCUCACCUGGCCCGUGUAGGCUCACGGAUCUCAGACCUGUACAUGGAUCUGCGUGAUGGCAAGAACCUCAUCAAACUGCUCGAGGUCUUGUCUGGAGAAAGACUGCCCAAACCAACAAGAGGCAAGAUGAGGAUCCAUUGUUUGGAGAAUGUAGACAAAGCCCUGACUUUCCUGCACGAACAGAGAGUGCAUCUGGAGAACAUGGGAGCCCACGACAUUGUGGACGGCAGCCCCCGCUUAACCCUUGGUCUCAUUUGGACCAUCAUUCUUAGAUUCCAGAUUCAAGACAUUACCAUAGAGGAGACCGACAACUCUGAGACCAAGUCCGCUAAAGAUGCCCUGUUGCUGUGGUGCCAGAUGAAGACUGCAGGCUACCCCAAUGUUAAUGUCAGGAAUUUCACUACUAGCUGGAGAGAUGGCCUGGCAUUCAAUGCUAUUAUACAUAAACACAGAUCUGAUCUUAUCCAGUAUGAAAAACUACAGAAAUCUAAUGCCAUACACAAUUUGAACAAUGCUUUCACUGUUGCGGAGGAAAAGCUGGGCCUCACCAGACUCUUAGAUGCCGAAGAUGUUAAUGUGGAAUUUCCAGAUGAGAAAUCCAUCAUCACAUAUGUUGUCACUUACUACCACUACUUCUCCAAGAUGAAGGCUGAGAGUGUACAGGGAAAGAGAAUUGGAAAGGUGAUUGACAAUGCCCGCGACACAGAGAGCAUGGUCAAUGACUAUGAGAGCCUCACCUCCAGUCUCCUUGAGUGGAUUGAACAGACCAUUGUCAUCCUAAAUGAUCGCCAAUUUGCCAACUCACUCUCCGGAGUACAACAACAACUAGCUGCUUUCAAUACCUAUAGAACUGUAGAAAAGCCACCCAAGUUUGAUGAGAAAGGAAACCUGGAAGUUCUCCUGUUCACCCUGCAAAGUAAGAUGAGAGCCAACAACCAGAGGCCAUACCUGCCCAAAGAGGGUAAACUCAUCUCUGACAUCAACAAGGCCUGGGAUCGCCUGGAGAAAUCUGAACACGAGAGAGAGUUAGCCCUCAGAGAGGAGCUCAUCAGACAAGAAAAACUGGAGCAGUUGGCUGCAAGAUUUGACCGCAAAGCCGGCAUGAGAGAGACAUGGCUGAGCGAAAACCAACGUCUGGUGUCCCAGGACAACUUUGGUAUCGAUCUAGCAGCUGUGGAAGCUGCCACGAAGAAACACGAGGCCAUCGAGACGGACAUCAAUGCUUAUGAGGAGAGAGUGCAGGCUGUGGUGUCCGUGGCUACAGAGUUAGAACAGGAAGACUACCAUGAUAUAGACAGAAUCAAUGCCAGGAAGGACAAUGUUCUUAGGCUGUGGAACUACUUGUUGGAGUUGUUGAGAGCUCGUCGUAUGAGGCUGGAGUUGUCCUUGAACUUACAGAAGAUCUUCCAGGAAAUGCUCUACAUUCUUGACUGGAUGGAAGAGAUCAAGGCACGGUUGCUUUCAGAAGAUUAUGGAAAGCACUUGAUGGGAGUAGAGGACCUGCUACAAAAACACAACCUGCUGGAGGCUGACAUCAAUGUGGUAGGGGAGCGAGUGAAGACGGUCAACACCCAGGCCCAGAAGUUUGUGGAUGGCGACGUUUCGGAGGUUGGAGGUUACCGCCCUUGUGACCCGCAAAUCAUCCAGGAGAGGAUGAACACACUGGAUGCUGCCUAUGAGGAACUGAGGAACCUGGCAGCAGACAGAAGAGCUCGCCUGGAGGAGUCACGCAAACUCUGGCAGUUCUUCUGGGACAUGUCUGACGAAGAAGGGUGGAUUCGCGAGAAAGAACAGCUCAUGUCCUCUCCUGAUCUGGGCCACGACUUAACCAGUGUACAUCUCCUCCUCAACAAACACAAGGCAAUGGAGGAUGAGAUGACAGCUAGACACACCCACCUGCAAACAGUCAUUCAAGUGGGCACGGAUCUCAUUGAGGCGGGCCAUUUCGGAAAGGAAAAAAUACAGGAACGCAUUGAUGAGAUCAACCAGCAGUGGGAAAGUCUCAUAGAUCUAGCUGCCUAUCGCCGCAAGAGGCUGAACGAAGCUGUAGACUACUACCAGUUCUUUGCUGAUGCGGAUGAUGUGGACACAUGGAUGUUGGAUACCCUUCGUCUUGUGUCCAGUGAAGACGUGGGCAAAGACGAGGCCAGUGUUCAGUCUCUUAUCAAAAAGCACAAGGAGGUGACAGAUGAGCUGAAGAACUAUCAGAGCUCUAUUGAAGCCCUCCAUGAACAGGCAGCAAACCUUGGGGAACAGGAUAGAGAAUCUCCUGAUGUCCAGAGUCGCCUGGGCAGCAUUGACAGACGUUACCAGGAGCUGUUAGAGCUGGCCAAGCUCAGAAAGCAGAGGCUCCUCGAUGCUCUCUCACUCUACAAACUCUUCAACGAAGCUGAUGGCGUAGAGAACUGGGUUGACGAAAAGGAGAAGUUCCUAACCACCAUUGUGGUUACGGAUGACAUGGAGGAGAUCGCCAUCAUGAAGCACAGGUUUGAGAGUUUCGAGCACGAGAUGAAUGCCACGGCUUCUCAGGUGGCUGUCGUGAACCAGUUGGCUCGUCAACUGUUACAGGUAGAACAUCCUAAUGCAGAGGAGAUCAUUGCACGACAGAACCAGCUCAACUCCAGGUGGUCUCACCUGAGGGAAUUAGUGGAUCAGAAGAGAGAGGACAUUAAUGUGGCUCAUGGAAUCCAGAACUUCCACAUUGAGUGCAAUGAAACCAUUAGCUGGAUCCAUGAGAAGGCUAAGUUGAUCGAGUCCACUGACGAACUGGGUAAUGACCUGGCUGGUGUCAUGACAUUACAACGCAGGCUUAGUGGCAUGGAGAGAGACUUGGCUGCCAUACAGGCAAAGCUGGAAUCCCUGCAAACAGAGGCAGAUCGUCUCCAGGAAGAGAAACCAGAGGAAGCUCAGGCCAUCCGAGAGAAAAUAGCCGAGAUCAACAAUGUCUGGAUGGACCUCAAGGAAAUGCUCAAAGAGCGAGAUGAGAAGUUGGCUGAGUCUGGAGAGCUGCAGCGUUUCUUGGGCAACCUGGACCACUUCCAGCAAUGGUUGUCGCGCACCCAGAAGACUAUAGCCUCAGAGGACAUCCCAAAUAGUCUGGCUGACGCAGAGAAACUUCUGAACCAGCACCAGCAGCUGAAGGACGAGAUUGAUGCCUAUGCUCCGGAGUAUGCCAAAAUGAAGGAGUUUGGCGAUAAGGUGACCGAGGGACAGGAUGACCCACAGUACAUGUUCCUCAGGCAGAGGUUACAAGCCUUGGAUGAUGGCUGGGUGGAAUUGUUACAGAUGUGGGAGAACAGACAGCAGCUUCUGUCGCAGAGUCUUAACUUCCAGAUGUUCCUUCGUGAUGCGAAACAAGGAGAGGUCUUGUUGAACCAACAGGAGAACUUUUUGUCUAAGGAAGAAGUGCCAAGCACCAUUGGACUGCUUGAUAAGCAGAAUACCCUGGAGGCUGCAGAAAAUAUGAUUAAGCAGCAUGAGGCGUUUAUCACAACAAUGGACGCUAAUGAUGAGAAGGUCAACGCAGUGCUUCAGUUCGCUGAUCGCCUCAUCGAGGACAACCACUACGCUGCCGACAAAAUCCACAAGAAGGCUCAAAAUAUCAGCGAAAGGAGAAACGCCAAUCGGCAGAGAGCGUAUGAACAGCUGGAUAAGUUGAAAGACCAGAUGCUGUUACAACAGUUUCUGCAAGAGUGUGAAGAGUUGCGAGACUGGUUACAAGAUAAGAUGGCAGCAGCCCAGGAUGAGACGUAUAGGGAUGCCAAGAACCUUCACAGCAAAUAUGUCCGUCACCAGGCAUUUGAGUCUGAGAUCGCUGCAAACAAAGACAGACUGUUCAGGUUACAGCAGGCUGGCGAUGAGCUGAUGAAGGAGAAACCAGAUGCCAAGGCUCAGAUUGGACCAAUCCUCACUGAACUGGGUGACCAAUGGGAAGACUUAGAAGAUACGACCAAGAACAAAGGAGAGAAGCUGUUUGAUUCUCACCGGGCUGUGCUGUAUGAACAGAGCUGUGACGACAUUGACGGCUGGAUCACAGGGCUGGAGGCACAGAUAGUCACAGAGGACUUUGGCAAGGACCUGACAACAGCCAAUCUCCUCAUGCAGAAACAAAAUCUGCUGGAGGGAGAGUUGAAGAAGAAGAAUGCUCAGGUAGAGGAGCUGGAGGGACAGGCCUCACACCUAAAGAGGAUGGACCCCGACAAAGAGGCCGAGAUUGAGGCCAGGAAGGCGGCUGUGGCAGAAAGAUUUGCCCGUAUCCAGGGUCCAUUGACAGAGCGCCGCUCCCAGCUGGAGAAGGUUAAGAGAAUCCAUCAAUUCCAGAGAGAUGUGGAGGAUGAGAAGAUGUGGAUUGAGGAAAAGAUGCCUCUAGCAGAAUCCACAAACUAUGGCAAUAGUUUACUCAGUGUCCAGCUCCUUAUUAAAAAGAACCAGUCCCUGCAAAAAGAGAUAGAUAACCAUGAGCCCCGAGUGAAGGCUGUGGCAGAUGAGGGAGAAGUACUGAUCAGUGAGGGACACCCCCAGUCUGAAGAGUUUAGGGCUAUUGUAGAUGACCUGUUAGAGAAGUGGCAGCAGUUACUGGACGCCGUCAAAGCCAGACAUGACAGGCUCAUGUUAGCGGAUGAGGCACAACAGUACUAUUUUGAUGUGACUGAAGCAGAGGCCUGGAUGAGUGAACAGGAGCUGUACAUGAUGGGUGAUGAGCGGGCCAAGGAUGAGAUCGGUGCUCAAAACAUGAUGAAGAAACAUCAGACCCUGGAAAAUGCCAUAGAGGAUUAUGCAGAGGUGGUGCGCCACCUAGGGGAAAGGAGUCGCAAUCUCAUUGAGACAGAACAUCCAGAGAGCGAUCAGAUAGCGGUGCGACAGUCGCAGGUCGACAAGCUGUAUGCUGGCCUGAAGGAUCUGACCCAGGAGAGGAGAGGCCGUCUUGAGGAAGUGCUCAAACUGUACAUGAUGAGCAGAGAGAUUGAUGACCUCAUGCAGUGGAUCGCAGAGAGGGAGGUGGUGGCUGGUUCCCAUGAACUGGGCCAGGACUACGAACAUGUCUGCAUGCUAAAAGAACGAUUCCGAGAGUUUGCCAGGGAAACAGAAAGCAUUGGUCAGGAGCGAGUGGCAGGGGCCAAUGAGAUCUGUGAUCAGUUGAUAGCAGCAGGCCAUUCGGACUCGGCAAUCAUUGCCCAGUGGAAAGACCAACUGAAUGAGGCAUGGACAGACUUACUGGAGCUGAUAGAUACGAGAACACAGAUGCUACAAGCUUCAUGGGAGCUGCACAAGUUCUACUAUGACUGCAAGGACUUACUGGAGAGGAUAGCUGAAAAGGAGCACUACAUCCCUGAUGACCUGGGCAAAGAUGCUGGAUCCGUGGCUGCACUGCAGAGGAAACAUGCCAACUUUGAACAUGAUUUAGUUACCUUAGGAAACCAGGUUCAGCUGAUUCAGGAGGAGUCCGGCCGUCUUCAGGCAGGCUAUGCUGGAGACAAGGCUCAGGAAAUUCAGGACAAAGAGGCUGAGGUGGUGAACGCUUGGAGGAACCUCAGACUGCUUGUAGAGACGCGUAAACUCAAGCUGGCCGACGCCAGCGAUUUGUAUAGAUUCUUCAAUUUAGUGCGCGACCUCCUUUUGUGGAUGGACGAUAUCAUCAGGCAGAUGAAUACUCAAGAAAAGCCAAGGGAUGUGUCCGGUGUUGAACUGCUGAUGAACAACCACCAGAGUUUGAAGGCAGAGAUUGAUGCUAGAGAAGAGAAUUUCACCAUCUGUAUUAACCUAGGCAAAGAUCUGCUGGAAAGGAAACACUACAGAUCGGAAGAGGUGAGAGAGAAGUUGAUACAACUGACCACACAGAGGCACAGCAUGACAGAACAGUGGGAGGAACGCUGGGAACAUCUGCAACUAAUUUUGGAGGUGUACCAAUUUGCAAGAGAUGCUUCUGUGGCAGAGGCAUGGCUGUUAGCCCAAGAACCAUACUUAUUGAACCAAGAUUUAGGUGAUACAUUAGAUGCUGUAGAGACACUUAUCAAGAAGCAUGAGGCCUUUGAGAAGUCUGCUGCAACACAGGAGGAACGAUUUGGAGCUUUAGAAAAAUUGACAACAUUUGAAAUCAAGCACAAACAGAGGUUACAGGAGGAAGAAUACAAACGACAACAUCCAGAGGAAGUGGCAAGGGCUAAGGAGGAGAAGAGGAGACAACUCAUACAGGAAUUCUUACCACCAGAAGAACCACCUCAGCCAGAACCUGUGGUGGAGAAACCAGUAGGAGAGGAGAAGGCCGCUGGAGACGACGGGGAUGGAGCGUUAGUGAACGGGGAAAAGGAAGUGGCUGAGGGACCUACAGAUCAACCAGGCGGAGCUCGAGCACGGGGGAAGGCCAGUACACUGAAAGCGGCCACAGAAAAGAAACGGUCUCGAUCCAAGUCCCCCUUUGGAAAGCUGUUUUCUCGAAAACGGCCGGAGGAGUCCGCCUCGUCAGAACAAGUGGCUGCUCCAUCCAGCAGUGACGCAGAACAGGCUGAUGGCCUGCUCAACAGAAAACAUGAGUGGGAAUCCGAAAAUAAGAAAGCUUCCAACAGAUCCUGGGACAGGGUGUUUGCUGUAUUAAGUGGACCAACACUAUCCUGUUACAAAGACCAGAAACAUGCCAAGAGCGAUCCCAAUACUCGAAUUCACCGGGAACCUGCAAUAGACUUGUCCGGAGCGACUUGUGAAGUGGCAGCCAACUACACAAAACGACCAAACGUGUUCCGCCUGAGACUUGCCAACGGUGGGGAGUACCUUUUCCAGGGCAAAGACGAGGCUGAAGUGAACUUGUGGAUUGGCAAGAUCAAUGCUGCCACAGGGAGUGAGGGAGCCAGCGCCCCACAGAGAGCACAGACCCUCCCAGCCAGGGUUGAGGCAACAGACCCGAAGCGGGACGAGCCCAAGCGACGCAGCUUCUUUACCAUGAAGAAAAAAUAAUAUUACUCUAGUAACAGUAUCAAGUGCUUUUAGUGGAAUCUGGUGUGUUCAUUGCAAUUAGCUACAGGAAGAAAGCGGUGCAUGCAAUGUACCAGCCUCUUUGUUCUACUCCGUGAUGAAGCAGUUCUGAUCUACUCAAUUGAAGUUUUGAUUGACAUUAUAUUCCGCGCAUUUUUUGCUUCAUCAAUGCACACAUACAAUGCACUACAUUUUUCUUCUGAGGGACGUGUAUGCCUGUGCCGUCGUGUCAACAUUCCAACCCUCUAUCCUGACUGCUCCUGCGUGAUCGAGACAGAACAAGAGGCUAGCUUGAGCAUCUCGUAACAGUGUCAGCGUCUGGGGCCUACAGCUCAGAACUGGCAAACAAAUAUUUCUGAGUGAACCAGAUUUUGUCUUAGGUUAGCUGUGGUUUAAAUUACGGCACUUAAUAGGUAGUCAAUCUGCAAUGGGACAGAUUCCACUCUGAGCAUGUUCAGGUAUCUUAGAAAACACUCACUUCUCCAAGGCACACCCUGUGGACAGAGAUGAACACCCUGAGAGUAGGGGACCCUCUAUGAUCAUGGUGGUGAUAGAUUUGUUUUGCAUUCCAUCUAUGCAAAAGUUCUGCCUUGAGUGAAAAACUGGGGAGUAGGGGGACGUUUUUGUCUUGUAAACUUUGUUGAGGCUUUCUCUCUCAGAUUUGGGAAUUGGCUGAUUGUUUCAGGGCCAUGUUCUGAUUUGAUGGCUGUAUGAUGAUUUUAUCCCACUCAUAUCGUGAGUUUUCAGGACAAAUUUCACACUUGCAUUAAUGAAUUUUUUGGAUGGGGGGUGGGGG